CAGGCAGACGCUCUCUCUUCCUCACUAUAGCUAGCUAGCCAGCUAGCUACAUAGGCAGCUCACUCUGCUAGCUAUAGCUAGUGCUCCACUAGUAAAGCUGCAGUAAGAAGAAAAGAGAAGAGAAGCUCAAGCAAUAAUGGCGAAGCAGCAGCAGGAGGUGUACUUCGUGUUCAUGAACUUUGACCCCGUCUACGAGCGCCUCAGAGCUGAUCGGUCCAAGGAGGGGUCCGCCACGCUGGACUCGUACCUGAGCCACAAGCACGACAAGCUCCUCGCCGAGCUCCUCCAGCCCGACUCCUACCGGAAGAGGUCGUCACUCGCCAUCGUCGACGGGUUCGCCGUCGAGAUCACUGAAGCUCAGGCGAGCGUUCUAAGAUCUGCCAAGGAGGUGAGGGUGGUGGAGAAGAACCAGGAGCUCGCUUGACAGUCAAAAACGACGGCAAGGGAUUAGUUUUUAUGCAUAGAUGCUUUGGCAUCAGCUAUGGGCCUAUUGGCUAUAUAUAUAUAUAUAUAUAUAUAUAUAUAUAUAUAUAUAUAUAUAUAUAUAUAUAUAUAUAUAUAUAUAUAUAUAUAUAAGCCUAGUUUACUAAGGCAAAGGAGAGUCGUUGGGUUCUCCCUAGCUAAUCUCUGUCGCCUUUGCGCGUGUGCAGCUGCUGUGUUGUGUGAACUCCCACGACUUUUGUUGACUCCCAAUAAGUCAAACUUAGCUGCUGCUUAGUAGUAAAGUAGUAAUAUAUAUAUAUUAUUAUUAAUAUAUACUGGACGUCUGGACUUGUAGUUCUUAGGGUCUAAUAAUGAUCAUCAGAGGAUCAACGACUUUAAGACUGAACCCUGUAAUGUUGUGGCUAUGAUUAUUAUUAGUUAAGAAGCUAUA